GCGGGCCGGGUGCGCGCCACGCUCUUCCUGCCGCCAGGACCUGGACCUUUCCCAGGGAUCAUUGAUCUCUUUGGUAUUGGAGGGGGCCUGUUGGAAUAUCGAGCCAGCCUUCUGGCUGGCCAUGGCUUUGCCACAUUGGCUUUAGCUUAUUACGACUUUGAAGAUCUCCCCAAGGAAUUUGACAGUAGAAAUAUGGACUACUUUGAAGAAGCCGUGUGCUACAUGCUUCAACACCCCCAGGUAAAAGGCCCAGGCAUUGGCCUUCUGGGCAUUUCUUUAGGGGCUGAUAUUUGUCUUUCCAUGGCCUCCUUUUUGAAGAACAUCUCAGCUACAGUUUCCAUCAAUGGGUCUGGGUUCAGUGGAAACAAAGCCAUAUGCUACAAGGAGACUUACAUCCCACCAUUGGGCCAUGACCUGAGGAGAAUCAAGGUCUCUUUCUCAGGCCUCCUGGACAUUGUGGAUAUACGGAAUGAUAUUGUAGGAGGGUGUGAACACCCCAGCAUGAUUCCAAUAGAGAAGGCCCAGGGACCUAUCCUCUUCAUCACUGGUCAGGAUGACCAUAACUGGAGGAGUGAGUUAUAUGCCCAAAUAGCCUCUGAACGCUUACAGGCCCAUGGAAAGGAAAAACCUCAGAUCAUCUCUUAUCCUGGGACUGGGCAUUAUAUUGAGCCUCCUUACUUCCCCAUGUGCCCAGCUUCCUUGCACAAACUAAUGAAAAAGCCUGUAAUCUGGGGUGGGGAGCCCAGGGCUCAUUCUAAGGCCCAGGUAGAUGCUUGGAAGCAAAUUUUGACCUUUUUCUACACACAUCUUGGAGGUACCCCGAAGGGAGCUUCCCCUAAAUUAUAGUGCAUUGGUCUGUUGUUGAUAUGAGAGAUACAAGGUGAGAUUCUAGUGUUUAAUAACCUUAAGUGAAUAAAUUGUUCCCUGAAUAAUAUCAAAUUCAUGUCAUUGGUAUUAAUGAUAUAUUUUAGGUAACUUUUUUGAAUAAGUUAUUUUUUUUCACUAAUUUUAUUAAUGUAACACAUGUCUACUGUAGAAGGUUCAAUUAAAGGUGUACCAAAAAAUGAAAAGCAUCCUCACUGUUAAAA